ACUACAUGCAGCUCUCAAUAAAUUAAGCCACUUUCUCUUUGCCUCCUGCCUAAGAUAAAAGCAUCUGCAUCCCUCCAUUUUCUUGCCAUCACAAAUCCAGAACCUCAAUCCUUGGCCAUCCUAACACGCCAUGGUUUCUCGGAUCAAAACCUCUCUUCUUGUUCUUCUUGUAGUACUCUCUUUUUACUUGUCUUCAGGCACUGUCGAUGGUUUCAGUAAUGGUGCAAAAUUAAUCAACUCCCUUCGCCAGGACGGUAGUUUGAGGGUGAACUUGAGCUCGAGGAAGCUACUGAGUCAUGAUGUGUCAGACUAUGAUGAAGCCGGAGCAAACACUAAACAUGAUCCGAGGGGCAGGAGAGGUGGUGGUGGCGGAAAGAACCGUUGAGUACUAGCUGAAAAUGCUGCUGCUACUACAGAGUUUUUGCUGGUUAAUGAGGAAACAUUUUAUUCUUGUACUGUUUUAGAGUACCAUAUUAGUGCUUAAUGAGUUCCUGAUCUAAUAUACUCUGCAAUACUUAACUUA